GUUCGGCUUGUUAUUGUACAGUUUUAAAGGUUAUCUAUGAUACUACGCUAACCCACAAGUGGUUUCGUUGACUUCACCGGUUACUAACAAAAAUGUCUACAAUAAAAGACAAUGCUGGUGCUAAUUUCAUUCCAAAGAAGCAGAAUAAAGAAGUGUUAACACCGCAUCGCCUCACGGUUGGCAUCUUAACGAUGGAAUUCUACAAAGUGAGAGAAUUUGCAGUGUUUUGCACACAACGUCGUGCGUUUAUUUGCGAGUUUUGUCUGCUUAUAUUAAAACUAAUUCAAAGCCCAGAUCUUACCUUUGCUGAGCUGCACAAUCUCAUUUCACAAGUUGAAUACUCACUCUGCAAAGAUCAGUUUCUAGAGAGUUUUCUAGCCACUAUAAAGAAUUUAAUCAGUGGUAUUGGGGCACUGCAGGAUGCUGUUGAUAAUAUUGUACAGUUAAUGCAGUUGGAUAAUCAAUUGGGGGCUAUUAAAGUUGGUGUUAUUGGGAAAAACAGUGUAGUUGGUUGUUAUUUGCGCCGUUUAGUUCUUAACUUUGAUAAGUUAUCAUUUUCUGAAAUCUCAAUAUUUUUCGAAUCUUAUAAAUCUUAUUGCGGCCCUUUUAUCAAUGGUACUUUAGAACAGCCACAUUGUGCACUUGAUUCUUCAAAAAAUUCAACUUUCAAUCAAAACUUAAACCGUGAUUGGACCCAAAGGCAAGCCGAAUUGUUUAUUGCCACACAAAGUGCACUUAUUGCCAAUAACGAAGGCAAAGCAUUAUCCCCGAAUGAAUUACACAAAUAUAUCAAAAGUUUACUAAAAAGUAAUCCAGAUCUUUCAGCUGCACAUUUCCUAAACUAUUUAAAUUAUUUAAGAGUAAAAGAAUAUUGUGGGGCCAUUGAUUCACUGUAUCAUUGCUUUGAUAAGUCUGCAAACAAUGAUAAAGCGAAUGCCGAUGCAAGAACCAAGACAUAUCGAUAUGCUGCGUUGAAUUUAGCGAUUUUACAAUGUCAAUUUGGUCAUAAACAAGAAGGACUUUUAGCUUUGAAGGAAUCCAUCAAAAUGGCGCAGGAAAGCAGCGAUAAUCAAUGCCUUCAACAUGCUUUAUCAUGGUUACGAUGUCUUACAAGUAACCAGCAUAAACUAAUCGCUGAACAAUCAGCCAUAAAAUACGUUGACUUAAAUUUGUCGUAUGUAAUGUCUCUAGGAAUUCAAUCAUUUGUGAAAUUCUGUGGAUUAUCUACAGCACAUCCACAAAUAGUUCUAGAUUCGUUAACUCGAAGUGAUAUUAUUAACUCCGAACAUGGUCACGGUGACCUAAUCGCAACAAACUACGGAUUGAAAGCAGGACUGUGGUUGUUUUACGGUAAAACUGAAAUGUCGUCAUUGUGGAGUCAACUUCUGCUCUAUUUGAACACCGAUAGUCUCCUGGUAAACAAAACAUACUACGGUGAGAGUUACGUGCAGGCUCUGUGUAACAUGGCAGGAUUAAUGCAUCAGGAAGGCGAGUAUGCCCUCAGUAAUACUAUUCUUUCGCAUGCCGAAGAGCGUUUUCCCAAUGAACCCAUGAAUCACUCUGUGAUGUUUUGCCGAAAUGUUUUUCACUUUUAUCGCUUGUUAUACAACGAAAAACCAACUGCUGCGGCUUCUAUAGCUGCGAAAGUCGCGGUCGUAGAUAAAUGGGAGAGUUAUCUGUGUUUCGCACAACUUUAUCUUCACACUGGCGAUUAUUCGGAAGCGCAUCAAUACUGCAAUCGGAUUCUGGAUGAGUGUAGAGAUAAUAAUAGUCAUGUGAAAGGGAUGGAUAUGCAAGUUAGGGCAGUAGUCCUCCUCUCCGAUAUUGCAAAUAGCGUGAAUUUCCCCAACGCCGCCAUUCCCGGUGUAAUGGGUUUGUUGAAUAGCUCGCUUGCUUACGCUAACGAUUACAAUAUGCAUUAUUUGGCAGCCAUGGCGCAGUUACGUAUUGCGCACGUGUUAUUUGCUGUUGAAAAUGCCGCAACAGACUGGCGAGUAAAAUUACUGCAGCGUUUGCAUCGCUGA